UUUUCAAGUGAAAACUGGUAAGCACUAUAGAUGAUAGAAAAAAAUUCCCUUCGUAAUAUGCCUGUUAACACAGAAGCGGAACGGCAACGUUUUGUUAUCGUGUUGGUGUCCUUACGCCUUAUCUAUUGAUGUACCUGGUCUGUAGAUCUAUUUUUCUCGAGUUCAUUUUAACCAUCACCGCUGUAGUCGUUGGUUUCAUCUCUUCACAAGGUUUCUAUUGACAGAAUAAUUCAAGUUUCACAGUUUCGAAAGGAAAAAAAAGGCCCAGAAGCCAUUGACGUUUCCUCGAUACAUCAAACGAGUUGGCCUCUUGUCAUGCCUGAGUCAGCCGACGUUGCGGUGACAACCAUGUUAGCCCUACUAAUAAUAGCGGACAUCAGUGGAAACUGUCUGGUUUGUUUGGUUAUAAAGAAAAAUAAAGAUAUGAGGACUCCCUUCAAUUACCUACUUGUGAACUUAGCUGUAUCAGACAUUAUGUUUGCCACCUUCAUAGCACCAAAUCAUGUCUUUGAGGACAGCUUCACUCAUCCAAAAGGAACUACGGGCUUGGUUGUGUGCCUGGUAAUAACAGCUGGAAACGUGGCUUGGAUCGGUGCAGCUUCAUCGUCCGUGACUCUUACUGCCAUCGCAGUUGAGCGCUACUGUACUGUUACUAGUCCUGAUGGUAGUAAUGGAAAACUCACCAAAAAAAAGCUUAAGGCGAUUAUUUCUGGGUGUUGGAUCUUCUCAGUGGCUUUAAACAUGCCACUUUUUCUAGCAACAAGAUUUGAUUCAUCAAUCGGUGACUGCAAGUGGAUUUGGCCUGAAAAGUGGAUCGGUGCAGCAUACGACUCUGUAUGGCUUGUACUAUUGGCUAUAAUUCCUCUGACAGUGAUGACUGGUUUAUAUUCAAAGGUCGUUUACAUGUUGUGGUUCAAACGUAAUGAGGAAAAUGAAGUCGCUCAUCAACAGAAGGGAGUCCUGAAGGUCAGGAAGCGAGUAACGUUAAGUGUAAUCACUGUCAGUGCCAUAUUUGGAGCUUGUUGGAUCACAGGAUUGCUGAUUUACAUCCUUAGCUACCUUGACAUCCUCUUGUUUGGCUCAAUCUCAUACGUUCUUUCUGACACAUUGUUUAUGUUCAACUCCGCCAUCAACCCUUUUGUUUAUGCUCUGCUGAAUGAGCGUUUCAGGCAGAAGAUCAAAAUGUUAUGCCGUACUAGCCGAAUUUCUAGGGUACAUACCUCAAGCAAGCAUGGAAUAGGGCCUCAAAACAACACCUCUCCCGUAACUGACACUGUAAAUGUUCAAUGAAAUAAUGCCACAGGUCCGAUGGAUAACAACAGACGAUUGGUACAAGAAAAAGUUCCCCAGAUGCAUCUGCAAGGAGAGUUGGAGCAUGGUCGUCGAGACUAACUAAGAGUUUCAAGGCUGCGGGCAAUAACACCUGCGUAAAAUACUGCAAAUGUCACAUUGAGACACAGUGACAAUUAAGCUUGUGUUCGACACAAACUGACUGGCAGCGCCGCACCUAUGAAAAAAUUUUUAGCGUUAACGUAAACGGCCAUGCAUCAAACUACCCACAACCACUGUACAAUUAACUUUGAAUCGUUAGUUUUUGCACGUGAUCUAUGCGUUGAAUGAACGAUAGCAAACUUUUUCUUCGCCUGAACUAAUAGAGACUAAUGGAAGUCAGAGCUUGAAUUUAUUCACCCCAACAAGUUCAAAUAUUUUAAAUGAACGGACUGUGAACGGUUUACCUGAGAAGGCUAAGAAUUAGGAACUCUGAACUAAGAAUACUUUCCACGUACGAUUCAAUGCGACGUAUUCGUGGCUUAGAUUUCCCUAAUGAUAAAAUGAAUCAGUUGUGUAUGCUUUUGAUUCUACGUAUGACAAACUUUCGGAGUUUCUUCGCUUUUAAAAAGGAUAAUCGGAGCUCUCGGCAAUCGUUGAAAGUAUCACCGAAAAAUAUCGCGUAAUGAAUGCGAAAGCGAUCUUAAAAAAAUAAGAAUAGGGCUUGAAUAAAAGAAACGUGGGCGGAUCAAGAGAGUUCCUA